UACCUUGCUCCUUUGAACUAUAACAUCAUGAGUAAAUAUAGAAGAAAGGAGUCUUCUAGUGAGGACACUGACAGUGAAGAGGAGAGACGUAAAAAAGAUAUCAAGGAAAGAGAUGAAUUUGCUACUAGACUUAAAGCAAAAGAUGAAAGCAGAGUACGAAAGGUUGCUAUGCCAGCUGGUUCAGGAGCAGCUGAAGCAGCCAAGCGACUUAAAAUUAUGGAAACAGAUAUGCGUGAGAAAUUGGUACCAAAGCUGAGAGUAGAAUCACGCAGAAAAUAUUUGGAGAAACGCAAGGAUGAUAAAGUAGCUGAAUUGGAAGCUGAUAUUAUCGAUGAUGAAUACCUAUUUGAAGAGGAAAUUUUGACAGAUCAAGAAAAGAGAGAAAGGUUACACAAGAAGCAGUUACUUCAAUUGGCAAAGGAACAUGAGAAAGCCAGGGAACUUGAGAGAGUACAACGGUAUCAUAUGCCCCUGGAAAAGGGAAAGGUUGAACCAGAACAAGAUGUCCAGGAGAAUGAACCACCACAAUCUGAGCAAAGCAAGUGGGAAUCAGAUCAGAUGUCCUCUGCUGUUUUUCGUUUUGGUGCCAAGGAUAGAAAGGCUCAACAGGAUUACGAUCUCCUUCUGGAGGACGAGGUGGAAUUCGUCCAAGCUUUGCGAAUGCCUGGCAGUAUGAAGGACCGGAAACGCGAGGAAAGUCCGCCCCCACAAGUGAAGGCAUUACAAACGAUACAGGAGACCAAGAAGAGUCUUCCAAUCUACCCCUUCAGAAACGACUUGAUUCAAGCCAUCAAUGACCACCAAGUGUUGAUAAUAGAGGGAGAAACGGGAUCGGGUAAAACUACUCAGAUCCCGCAGUAUUUGUACGAAGCCGGUUUCGCGGAAGACAAUAAAAUCAUAGGGUGUACUCAGCCGAGAAGAGUAGCUGCUAUGUCCGUGGCGGCGAGAGUCGCUCACGAAAUGGCUGUAAAAUUGGGGAACGAAGUCGGUUACGCGAUUCGUUUCGAAGAUUGUACUUCCCACCGUACACGAAUUAAAUAUAUGACCGAUGGGACGCUGCACAGGGAGUUUUUGAGUGAACCAGACUUGGCUUCUUACAGCGUUAUGAUCAUCGACGAAGCCCACGAACGUACUCUACACACGGAUAUAUUAUUUGGUUUGGUAAAAGAUAUUACAAGAUUUCGUUCAGAUUUGAAACUGUUGAUAUCGUCAGCCACCUUGGACGCGACGAAAUUCAGCGAGUUCUUCGACGACGCGCCUAUCUUCCGUAUUCCAGGCCGACGUUUCCCUGUCGAUAUUUAUUACACGAAAGCUCCGGAAGCCGAUUACAUUGACGCCUGUGUAGUUUCUAUUCUUCAAAUACAUGCGACACAGCCCCAUGGCGAUAUAUUAGUAUUCCUAACUGGUCAGGACGAAAUCGAAACCUGCCAGGAAAUGCUGCAAGAGAGAGUUAGACGACUGGGCUCGAAAUUGGGGGAACUUCUAAUUUUACCAGUGUACGCAAAUCUUCCGAGCGAUAUGCAAGCGAAGAUAUUCCAGCCGACUCCUGCUGGUGCUAGGAAGGUUGUUCUGGCUACUAACAUAGCCGAAACGUCUCUAACUAUAGACAAUAUAGUAUACGUGAUAGAUCCUGGCUUCGCCAAGCAAAACAACUUCAACUCUCGAACAGGCAUGGAAAGCUUGAUGGUGGUACCGAUCAGUAAAGCGUCCGCCAAUCAAAGAGCCGGCCGAGCCGGAAGAGUAGCUCCGGGAAAAUGUUUCCGGUUGUAUACAGCCUGGGCGUACCAACACGAGCUGGAGGACAAUACUGUGCCUGAAAUUCAGAGAAUUAAUCUAGGUAAUGCCGUACUCACCUUGAAGGCGUUGGGUAUAAAUGAUCUAGUUCACUUCGACUUUCUGGAUCCACCGCCCCAUGAAACCCUUGUUCUGGCGUUGGAGCAGCUGUAUGCUUUGGGAGCAUUGAAUCAUCGCGGGGAAUUGACGAAAAUGGGACGAAGGAUGGCCGAGUUCCCGCUGGAUCCUAUGAUGGCCAAAAUGUUGUUGGCCAGCGAGCAAUAUCGUUGCUCGGAGGAAGUGGCCACCAUAGCUGCCAUGUUGUCGGUGAACGGUGCGAUCUUUUAUAGGCCCAAGGACAAAAUUAUACACGCAGAUACGGCACGGAAGAACUUCCAUGUGCCUGGUGGCGAUCAUCUCACCUUACUGAACGUCUACAAUCAGUGGCAGCAAAGUGACUUCAGCACUCAUUGGUGUUACGAAAACUUCAUUCAACAUAGGUCGAUGAAGAGAGCCCGGGACGUCAGGGAGCAGUUAGUUGGAUUGAUGCAGAGGGUUGAAAUGGAACUCGUCUCGGGUAUCUCGGAGACUGUGAACAUUCGAAAGGCUAUUACCGCGGGAUAUUUUUACCACGUGGCCCGGUUGUCAAAAGGCGGCCAUUACAAAACUGCGAAACACAAUCAAACGGUGUCGAUACAUCCGAAUAGUUCACUAUUUCAAGAACUUCCACGUUGGCUGCUCUAUCACGAGUUAGUGUUCACCACGAAAGAAUUCAUGCGGCAGGUGACGGAAAUCGAAAGCAAAUGGCUUCUGGAAGUCGCGCCGCAUUAUUACAAACCAAAAGAACUCGAGGAUUCUACGAACAAGAAGAUGCCGAAAGUCGCGGGAAGAUCACGGCCCGACGGGACCAACUGA